AUGUGCACGCUGCUCUGGGCUUGGAUCUGCUUGCUGCUCAGCAUCCUGCCUCCAGAGACUCAGGCUUUGACUCUCACUCACAGACAGCAACACACAGAGACUCCAGGGUCUGUUCCCUCCAUCUCAGGGCCCCCAGUCCCGAUUUUCAUGGACCACGGCCUCCAGCUGACUGACACCCAGCUCAUCUGGAAUGCGCUGGUCCACAAAGACCCUCCCACACCUCACUCACGCGGGACAGCAGCAGGAGCAGGACUGGUGCGGGUCAAACGUCACGUGAACAGUAUUGGGGGGCGGGCACAUCUGAUGCGGGUGGGCUGUGUCCUGGGCACCUGUCAGGUCCAGAACCUGAGUCAUCGUCUGUACCAGCUGAUCGGACAGAGCGGCAGAGAGGACUCCUCCCCCAUCAACCCCCGCAGUCCCCAUAGCUACGGAUAG